CAAGUGCCCAACACACUUGAGAAAAUGGCCUUCAAUCCUUCCUCCGAAGAUGAAAAGCGUGCAGUGGUGAAUCCUAAGAAUUUGAGGUUCACCCAGCUCGAUAUUGCCCCUUCUUUCACCGAUCCUGAGCACCCCAAAGUUAAAGAAGCGAUCUCUCUGAUCCUUCGACACCAGUUGGAUCCAGCAGUGUUCGGUGAACUCACUGUGCACCGAGACAAACAAUUAGGCGUUGUGUGGUGUGAGAGCAACCGGCGUCUGUAUGUUCUCAGAAAGGCUGGAGUUCCUUCUGUGCGUGUCAAAUUUGUGAACAACGACUACAUGUCUCGACGAAUGAAAGAUGCAGAUAAGAUUACGCUGAAUGAUCCAGACUUCAUGCCCACGAUCAGAGGUGAACCAUCGGGUGUAAUCCUGCCACCGUCCACUGAAGAAGACCAAACGGGGAUUUCUCUGUUAGGACUUGUAGGCGUUGCUUCUGCUGCUCUUGUGGCUGGUUUUUGGGGAUGGCAACGAAGAUGAUGAUGACGAUGGCAAUAAAAAGUAGUAUUUGGGAUCUAAUUUUCUGCAACCUAGUUAAAAAUUUGGGUAUGGGUUUUGAGUGCCUAGAUUAAUGUUGUAAGUUUGAAGCGUCUCUGGUGGGGAUCUAACACAGAAUUCAGUCUGUCUCAACCUGAAUUAAUCUGUGGUGGGUACUUUGUCAGAGUAGCGUAUUUUGUGAGACUGUGUGAAGAAAUCUAAAUGUAGUAUUUUGAUAUUAAUCCAUAAUUACAAUGAAAACGAUUUAGAACUUU